CUCCUGCUCAGCCGGUGUAUCUGGAUACAAAGUCAGCUUCAGCUUCAGCUGACAGUCCGCUCCAUGGACACGGAAUACACGGGACACAAGGAGAAAAACAACCCGGAGACAGAUUGGAUCAAAACGGUAGACUGCGGAAGAGGAAAGUGAUCCGAUUUCGGUUCAGGAAUGAAAAAUAAAGCGUCGUAAUGUGACGUCCGAGGCUGCUGUAGUGAUGAUGGACUGCAAAGGCAACCAAGCAACCACAUACAGGGAUAUAUAGACAUAUAGACAUAUAGACAUAUAGAUAUAUAGAUAUAUAGAUCAGAAAACAGGCUCUCAGCCCGAGGAUUGUGGAUUACAAAUAAAAACGACUGGACGACUUGAGGUUUAUUAUUAUUAUUAUUAUUAUUAUUAUUAUUAUUAUUAUUAUGGUGAAAGGAUGCGUCGGUUUGCAGCUUCUCGAUCAGCAUCAGGUCAGAUUUCAUCAUCCUCGACCUGUUCAAAGGAAUCAGAAACGCAAUAAUUUUACAUUCGAGGUAUAAUAAUAAUAAUAAUAAUAAUAAUAAUAAUAAUAAUAAUAAUAAUAAUACAAGAGGCUGCGUCUGUAUUUCAGGGAUGUUCCUCUUGGAAUAACUGCAUGGUGCCAAAAAAAAGGACAUGCAGGUAUCUAUGCAAUUCAUGUGGAGGGUUGGAAAGCCUCAAGAUGCUUCCCUUACUUGAAUAAGGAUGGACCUGCAGCCUGUUUCCAGAAAUCUCACAGGUACAUGAAUUUGAUCUUGUGAACCAGUGGACUCUAUAUAACACUAGCUGUUUAUCCAAACCAUAGAAAUGGAUUUUAAAAUGGUUUCCACCAUCAUGUCCUUGACGUGUGGUUAAGCGUGCGGUAUGGAAACGUGUGAGAAUGACUGUCUAAGAAGAUGGAAGGAAAAGAGCCUGUGUCUGAUCUGAGACAUUCGUAACAGAUUAAAAUAGAAUCACAUACCUGGGUUGCUUGUGAUGGGUAUGUAUGAACAAAAUGAAUGACUGGAUUAAUGGGUGUGAGGAAAGCAUGUCAUGUCAUGUCAUGCCACAUCCCCUUAAAGACCUGUAAGAAAGAAGAGGUGUGAGAGAUGCAGGUUGUGAUAAUGCUCCAGUGGAGGGAACUAAGGAAACCUUGUUCCAUGCAUCAUUGGAGCUGAAUGAAGCACCUAAACUGCUAGAUGACUAUUUAAAAUUUGUCAGAUUCAAUAUAUUUAAAACACAGGACUGCAUACUGUUUAAUAGUAGAAAUUCAAGCCACAGUGUUUUCAGACAGCUGUUUGAAAGUGCCUUUAUCCAAGCUACUACAGAGAGGCUAUUCUAAUUCUGUUGAAAAUAGCUUUCCAAUACAUAAGAGUAGUGUUUUGUCAUUACAGCUGAUUUAACACUUCCCUCCAGUUAAAAAAGCCUGCAUUUGGUUGAUGUGUUCUGCAUGGAUUUUGUGCAUGAGUUAACCGAGAUUCUCCUCCAGCUGUUGAAACCGCACCGCUGACACAGUUCAUUUGGAGAUGGACCCAAAUUCGACAAUAACCACUAUGGGGAGUGGAGGAAAUGCCACCCCACUACCAUGCACUGGGUGUGGAGGUUCCUGUGAAGCACCACCCCCUGCCAUUGUGCUACCUAUCAUGAAUGCAGAGAACGGCAGCAGCUGGAACUCGUCCACUUCCUCUGAUUCUCACAUCCACCAGCAUCACGGAUCCUCCAACCCCUACUGGACAGCCGUGUUUGACUACGAAGCGGCGACGGAGGAGGAGUUGACCCUAAGGCGCGGGGAUCUCCUGGAGGUGCUUUCCAAGGAUUCAAAGGUGUCUGGAGAUGAGGGCUGGUGGACUGGUAAGAUCCAAGAUAAGGUGGGCAUCUUCCCUAGCAACUAUGUGACACGGAGUGAUACCACGCUGCCCACUGGAAGUUUACUGGUAGGUGGUGAGAGUCCUCUGGAAAUUGAUUUCUCGGAGCUGUGUUUGGAAGAGGUUAUAGGAGCAGGUGGCUUUGGGAAAGUGUAUAAAGGUUUGUGGAGGGAUGAGGAGGUAGCUGUGAAAGCAGCACGCCAGGACCCCGAUGAGGACAUCAGCGCCACGGCGGAGAGUGUCAGGCAGGAGGCACGUCUCUUCUGGAUGCUCAGUCACCCCAACAUUAUCGCGCUGAAGGGUGUCUGCUUAAAAGAGCCUAAUCUUUGCCUGGUAAUGGAAUAUGCUCGCGGUGGGGCACUAAACCGGGCACUGGCGGGGAAGAAGGUUCCUCCCCGAGUCCUGGUUAACUGGGCAGUGCAGAUCGCUACUGGCAUGGACUACCUGCACAACCAGACGUUUGUGCCUGUCAUCCACAGGGAUUUGAAGUCCAGUAACAUUCUGAUUCUGGAGCCAGUGGAGAGGGAUGAACUGAGUAAUAAGACGCUAAAGAUCACAGACUUUGGACUGGCACGGGAGUGGCAUCGCACCACUAAGAUGAGUGCGGCGGGCACCUACGCUUGGAUGGCUCCAGAGGUCAUUAAGUUGUCGCUCUUCUCUAAAAGUAGCGAUGUGUGGAGUUUCGGUGUACUGCUGUGGGAGUUGCUGACUGGUGAGGUGCCGUAUAGGGAGAUUGACGCCUUGGCUGUGGCUUAUGGAGUUGCCAUGAACAAACUGACCCUCCCUAUCCCAUCCACCUGCCCUGAAGCCUUUGCUCAACUGUUGGGAGAGUGUUGGAGCCCGAACCCUCACAGUCGCCCCUCCUUUAGUAGCAUCCUGAAAAGGUUGUUGGCCAUCGAACAGUCCUCCAUGUUCCAGAUGCCACUGGAGUCUUUCCAUUCACUGCAGGAAGACUGGAGGCUGGAGAUCCAGCAGAUGUUUGAUGAGCUUAGGGCCAAAGAGAAGGAGCUGCGUUCCUGGGAAGAGGAGCUGGCUCGGGCUGCAGAGGAACAGAGGACGCAGGAAGAACUGUUGAAGAGACGUGAGCAAGAAUUAGCCGAGCGGGAGAUCGACAUCGUGGAGAGAGAGCUGAACAUCAUAAUCCAUCAGAUGUACCAGGAAAAGCCACACGUCAAAAAACGCAAGGGCCACUUCAAAAAGAGCCGGCUCAUCAAACUGGGCCGAGACAGCAACUGUAUCAGCCUGCCAUCUGAUUUUGAGCAUAAGAUCACAGUGCAGGCGUCUCCCAGUGUGGAUAAGAGGAAAAGUCAGGGCAGCGAGAGCACGACUCCACCAGCCAGUCCGGGUGUUAUACCUCGCCUCAGAGCCAUCCGACUGACUCCGAGUGACGGGAGGAACACCUGGGGCCGUACAGCGGUGUGCAAGAAAGAAGACCUGUCCGGGGCUAAAAAGAAGGGCCGUACCUGGGGUCCCAGCUCCACCCAUCAGCGAGAGCGUGUAGGAGGAGAAGAGAGGUUAAAGUCACUUGGAGAGGGCAAGGUGUGGUCUUCCAGUGCUCCUAAUCUGGGCAAGUCCCCCAAACAUGCUCCUAUAACUGGUGGCUUCUCCAGUCUCAAUGAGAUGGAGGAACAGAGUGAACUCGAGGAGCGAUCGGCUCCGGAGGGAAGCAGCAACGGAGCGACAGAGGAUGCCAGCCACGCAUGGACGGGUGUAGGGCUUGGUGUGGGUUCCCAGGAUUCUUUGCGGCGCUGCAAUCAGAGGAAGAAGAGUGACAUGGUACUGCUAGGCUGUGCCUCCAUCUUGGCUGCCGUGGGCUUCGGCUCUGACCUGCUACAGCUGGGACGAUUGCAGGUAAGUCAAGAUGAACAGGAUUCACGUGAGGAGAGAAAAAAGAAGGAAGGUCUGUUUCAGCGCACAGGUCGGUUCCGGCGUAGCACUUCACCCCCAAGUCGUACACUGUCCCUGUCUCUGUCUCACAACCGCCAUCACCAUGAGUCAGCACUGCCCUGCCUGGACCCGUCUCCUUCUGUCACACUCCUGUCCCUCUCCUCUCUUUCUGACUGCAACUCCACCAAGUCAUUGCUGCCCUCAGACCCGGACGAUCUUAUCCCAAGUCCGAGUGGCACCAUGACCUGUCCGGCACCGGCUCUAAACCCUCUGCUGGACCUGAGAGCAGAGAGUUUUAAACGGGAACCCAACCAGUCGCUCACACCCACCCACGUCUCCGCCACCAUGGCUGUGAACCGCGGGCACCGACGCACUCCGUCUGACAGUGCCAUCAGACCUCGUGCACAGACAGUGACAGGACACCAGCGCACGCCCUCAGACGGCUGCAUGCCAAUUCCUCCCAUCACACCCACUAACACACCACACACAGGUUCUCGUGACACGUUAGACAUCCCUCGUCUCCCUGACCCGUCCACAAUCUACCCCGCGGUGCAUCGGCGUAAACCUCCUCCUUCUUCAGAAUUUCAGACUGGAACCCUCGAGCGACCAAAGACACUGGAGUUUGCCCCGCGUCCACGCCCCACCCCGGUCCGAGCGCGUCCUGACCCGUGGAAGCUGUCGUCACUGUCGCGGACACUGAGCUCAUCACCAGGGAGCAGCUGUGACAGUCCACUAGGCUCUGGGGACAGCGGGGUCAGCGCGGGAGGCACCACUGGACGCCAAACUCUGCUGGACAUGGACAUGGAGGGCCAGAGCCAGGACAGCACGGUGCCUCUAUGUGGGCAGCACUCAGAAGCCACUUUCUCAUAAAAUCCCAUGAAACCUCCAUUAUAACCACAUGGCCAGCAUAUUCCUUAGAGCUAUGAAUCUCCCAACUCUGUCCUGCAUAUCUCAUGGAGGCCGUUGUGGUUGGUGUCUCUAUUAGACUGAAUAUCCCAGAAACCACGGUGACCCCUCACAGUGUGAGAGUGUGAGAUACGUUCUCAACAGACAAAACAAAACAACAAAAGAACAACAAAAUCACCUGGAGGGCUGUGGAUUAUCUUUCAAAGCCACUGCACUGUCAGAGCUGCAGCACUUUCAUGAGCUCCAUAAAAGUAAAGGUCAAAUCCUACUACCUGCAUCAUUCCCCCUAUAGAUUGUUCAAUAAAUCUCUCUUUUUUUAACAACCAGGUAAUAUGUAUGUGAUGAAUUGCAUUAGCAAAGCCAUUCCUUUGAUACUGUAUUUUCUGGACAAGAGGUUGCCCGUGAUAUUAAGACAGACCUCCAUUAAUUAUGAAGAAAAAAUAAUAUAUAAUAAGUUUGCUAUUAAGUCACAAGAACUGAUAAUCUUAAACCAAUAUCGUAAUAGCCUGCUUAGGCGUUUGUCCCUUUAGUGAUACCACAGGCCAGGAAGGAAUCGUGUGAGCUUUUGUUCAUCCUCGUAGAACGUCCCUCAUGUGAGAUCCAAAAUACCGCAUCACACAGAUACGAUAUAUUACAUUUAAUCCGGUUAAUAACUGUGAAGCACAAAAAAAAAAAGUCUAAACAAAAGUUUAUCCGUUCGCAGUUAUUUUGGAGAAAAUAUUCUGCCUUUUCUUAAAGGAACUGAAACGGCGGUCUUAAUUAGCAUUCACAAACUAUUUUACUUCUUAAUUUCUUCAAUUUGUUGAUUCAUUUUUAAAUUGUGCAUUAUUUCUUGGUUGUUUUUCUAUUAUUUAUCUAUAUAUUUUAAUAUUCAAUUGUUCUAUAUCACUCUGGAUAUCAUGAUACAAUGAAUCACUUAUACAAUUAAUCCAAAUCCUAAAAAACUAUUUUUGUAGUGGAAUAUGAUCAUAUUUGGCCAUUUGGUAAUAUUUCACUUCCCAAUUGAAGGCUUCUGAGAUGUCAGUGUGUCCUGUUUGCACAUAGAUUGCUCAGAAAGAUUUUCCCGUGCUUAAUUACAGUUAUAAACUGGCCAAGACGUGUUUAGGGGCGGAGCCUUGUGAAUGGUAUUAAUGACUCAAAUCUGCCAUAAGACCACAGUUAAUAUACAUACGGCUCAAAUAUUUGGAGUUGAAAACUGUCAGUUAACAUACAUCAUCACUGGCUGUGUUACGAUUAGUCUAUGAAAUGCUAAUUAGAGAAGAUUAAUGUGGGGCUUAUAGUCCAGAAAAUAUGGUAGAUCUAAGCAAAGGUUUGCUUCUUCAGUUUUUGAGGAGAAGACUGACCAUCUCAGGCUCUCUGCAGAACCUAAUCAGAAAGCAGGAGCUGUUUUAAUGUGAAGGCCUUGUUUAUCAGCAAAUCCUGAUGUACAGUACAAAUUGCCUGUGUGUAAGUAUGUAAGCACGAAUGUGUGCAUGUGUCUUUCCGUGAGGAUGUGUCAUAGGAGUUAGAACGACUGAGAACUAGCCUCAUCAGAUGUUUACGGUUGAAAUGCACUCUCACUUCCGUUUUCCUCGGUAAACUGGAACAUUGUGAGCAUGAAGAAAGGAAAGGACUGUUAUGGUCAAACGAGGGUCUCCGUCCGUUUGCAAUAAAAUACGAAACCUACCGUACCAUACUACCUGUAUUGAAACAUACACGCUCGUUUACCUCUUCACUCGAGACCAUGGAAGAUCUUCCUCUGCCUACACACUGAUAUGAGAGAAAGGAAGUUCUAGAUGAAGCGUGUAGUCUUUUUCUUUAUUCUGAUGCUCUAUAAAAUGCCGCUGUAAUCAGGCACAAUGAGAAGGAUGCGUGAUGACAUCAUUCUGUUCAGAACAAGGAGCCCUUAACCUUGGGUUUAUGAUAUUGUCAUAAUUGUCUGAAGACAGUUACACUUUAAAGCUCGAAGGUUCAACCUGGUAAUCGACAGUAUUUUUUCAACUGUCUGCCGGUGAGAGUGUGUGAGUGUGUGUGUGUGCGUGUGUGUGUGUGUGUUAUUGUUAUCAUUUGUAUGAGGUGGCUCUGUGGAGGGAUGAUUCACAAAGCUGUCUCCUAUUUCCUGUGUGAAAAGAACUAAGAGUAUUUAUUAAAAUUAUUGUUAUGAUUGAA